AUGGACAGCGGAUCCACGGGCGAAGCCAGCGUAGACGGCCUCUUCCACGCCGGCUCGCCACCCUCGUCCCCCUCGCCCGCACCUCGCGGCAAUGCCCCGCCCACCCCAAAGGAAGGCGGCAUAUCCGCCAGCCUCUCCUUCCGCCCGCCCCCACGCCCCGGCUCCUCGAUGCGCAAGGGCAGAAAGAGCGACUUCAACAGCCCCGCCCCGCCUCCCCUGCCCACCGCCUUUGCCCACGAACCCAUGCCCUUUUCCGACGCCACCAACUUUGAGGGCUACGGCCACCCGGGCCCCAGCGCCUCGACCCCCUCGCGCCCCUCGUCGUCGUCGUCGGCCGACCAGCCCGGCCUGUUCAACUUCCUCGCAUCAAACGACAGCGCCCACCGCGCCAUCGACACCACCCGCGCCUGCCGCCAGAAGCUCCAGGCGCUGCGCGAGGAGAACCAGACCCAGGUCAACUCGGCAGGUCUCCUCGGCGCCGGCCUCCUCGAGCUGCGCAACCGCAUCGAGGCCCUCAUGGACGAGCUCGCCGACGAGCUCAGCACCGCAGAGGCAAACGCCGACGACAGCCACGACACCGGCAGCAAGAUCAAGCAGCUCAGCGAACGCAUCGAGGCCGAGAUCGAAGAGAUGGAGUACCAAAAGGGCAAGCUCUACCGCGACGUCAUGGCCCACGGCGCCAGCGAGCUCGCCGCCGCCGACCAGAGCAUCGUCACCGCCACCGACUCGCCCUCCAAGGCCGCACGCGUCGCCUCGGCCAUCAAGAACCUCACCGGCACUACGCCCUCCAAGGCGGGCGGUGCAGCCACCCCGGGCGCGCCCGCGUCGGCCUCGGCGGCAGGCGCAAAGGGCACCGGGAUGCCCACGCCCAGGCAGGGCGACCGCAGGUCGAGGAACGCCGCGGCCAGGCAGGCCAAGGCCGACAGCGAGCUCAUCAACGAGAUCCAGGCGGGCCUGGUGCAGGAGGUGCGCCGCCUCCAGGGCCUCCUCAAGGAGCGCGACGACCAGCGCGGCGCCCUCGAGCGCACCAACGCCGAGCUCGAAAAGCAGCUCGACCUGUUCAAGCCGCGCGUCAUCCAGAUGACCGAGGCCGAGGACGCCCUCAAGCAGGAGAACUGGGACCUCGAGGUGGCCAAGCAGGGCCUCGAGGAGCAGCUGGGCGAGCGCGACAAGCUGCUCAAAAAGGCCGAGCUCGAGACGACGCGGCUGGCCAAGGACCUGGGCAAGGCGCGCGAGACGAUCGACUCGCAGCGCCUCGAGCUCGACGCCCACCUGGCCGAGCUGGAGCGCACCAAGAAGCAGCGCGAGACCGAGGUGGCCAUGGCCCGCAAGGAAAGGGCGGGCAUGCAGCGCGACGUCUCGGACCUGCAGAGCGAGCUGCAGCGCUACAAGGCGCAGCAGCUCAGCAAGGGCGGCCUCGUCUCCCGCAGCGUCUCCAACAGCUACAUGACCGAGCACGACGCCGGCGACGACGACGACGACGACGCCGGCGCAAACGACCCCGAGACGCUGGCCGCCCGCCUCCGCGCCGCCUACGCCAACGAGGUCGGCAACCGCUCGCCCGCCGACUCUGCCUACUCGGACGACCUCGGCCCGCGCUCGCCCGCCGUCGGCCGGCUGGGCCGCGACAAGGAGGCCCAGGACCUGCGCGCCAAGCUCGCCAUGGCCCAGAAAAAGGCGGGCAAGGACGCCGCCGAAAAACGCAGGGUGCGCGAGAAGAACGCCGAGCUCAAGAAGCUGCUGGCCAAGGCCGGCGUCAAGCUGCCCGCGGGCCUCGACGACGACGACGAUGUCGAGACGAGCGACGACGAAGAGCUCCAGUGGCGCGACGAGCACGGCGGAUCCGACAGCCCCUCGGUCAAGCGCCUGUCGGCCUCGAAGCUGCGGCCGGGCAAGCUCGGCAAGCGGCCGUCGAUGGCGAGGCGGCUCGGCAUGAGCUCGAGCGCGUCCAACGACUCGAUCCUCGAGCGCAGCGAGGAGCUCGACGACGAGCUCGACGAGUCGACCACCGACGGCGACCGCACGCUGGCCAAGCAGCACGCCGCCGUCGGCGACGACAGCACCUCGACCGAGGCCUCGCCCCGCGCCAGCCUCGAAGGCUACGACCCGGCGUUUGCCGACGUCACGCAGGCCGGCUUCGGCACCCCGGCCACACAGCCAAAGUCGAGGCGGCAGCCGGGCAGGGCAUCGGCCGCUGCAGCGGGCCGGGGCAGCCCGCUCGCCCACGCCGCCAUCCUGGCCGACUCCGACGAGGGCGAUGCAAUGUCGCCGCCGCGCUCCAAGAGCCGGCAGCAAGGCCGCAGGAGCCACGCCGCAGGCAGGCCCGAGUCGGCCGUCUUCGAGCCGAGCGCGCUCGGCAACGAGCUCGAGAACCUCCGCGGGUCCGAAGACUUCGAGGAUGCGGGAUCCGGCACCUUGGACGUCGACACCGACGAAGCAGGGGAGGAGGAGGAGGAGGAGGUGCGCAUCGCCUACGAAGAGGUCGGAGUGGCGACGGAGCCUCUGCCCGACCUGGUGGGCCCGGCGCUCGAGGAAAAGGAAAAGGUGGCCGCUUCGAGCGCUGCCCUAGGCGAGGCGAUCGCGUCGCACAAGGCCUACGUCGAGCAGCAGGAGCUGCGCCACACGACGGACCGCGAGCGGCGCGACGAGUCGCAUGCGUUUGCGCUGUCGCAGCGCGACCGCCAGCACGCCGACUCGAUCCGCGCGCUCGAAGAGUCGCACGCCAGCAUCCUCUCGCAGCAAGAGGCAGCCUACCAAAAAGCGCUCGAGGCGAGCGAGGAGGCGCUCCAGAAGGCGCAGGCCGAGAUCGGCGCGCUCAAGGCGACCAUCGACGACCUCAACGCCAGGAUCCUGGCCGCCGAGAGCAAGAGCGCCGAGACCGAGUCGCAGCGCAAGGCCGACGGCGAGCAGCAGGCCGCGGCCAUCAAGGAGCUCGAGGCGGAGCUCGCAAGCGCGGCAAGCACAAAGGCGGAGCAGGAGAGCCAGCUCGAGCGCUUCCGGUCCGACAUUGCCGAUCUCGAGGCGCGGCUGACGCUCACCGAGCAGCGCGCCUCGAACGUCCAGUCCGAACGCGACGCCGCCAGCUCCGAUGCAAUCAAGAAGGCUCAGGCGGACGUCGAUGCGCUCAAGGCCGCCGCCCUCGCGGCCGAGGCCCGGCUCAAGGCGUCUGAACAGGACGCCGCGAAGCAGGCGACCGACCUUCGGGCCGAACUCGAAGCCGGUCACGGCCAGCUGCGAGAUGCCAACGACAAGCUGCAGCAGGCCGAGCAGAAGGUGCGACAGCUCGAGGCCGAGAGGUCGGCGCAAGAAACCAAGCUGGCCGAAGCGGUCGCCUCGCUCGGUGCGGCCACGGCCGCAGCGGACCAACACCAGAAGGAGGCCAGCACGCAGGCGGCCGAGGCGGGCAGGCAAAAGACUCUGCUUGCGCAGCUCACCGCGGCCCAUGCGGAGCUGCGCGAUCAAGCCGAGGAGCACGAGCGCCUCCGACGAGAGGCCGACGCUGCGCUCGUCCGCCACCAGAAAGAGGCGCGCGAGAAGCAGGCGAGCCUGGAGAGCGAGGCUGCCGCCAAACACACGCGCCUCCAGAACGAGGUCGAGGCGACGCAGAGCCGCCUGCAGCGGGAUGCGGCCGAGCACGCCCGCCUCCAGCAAGAGGCGCAGGCAGAGCGCGACCGCCUUCAAGCCUUGGCCGAGGAGGAGGGCAAGCUUCGCAAGCAGGCACAGGAGGAGGCGACGGCAGCAUCAGCAGCAGCGGCAGCCGCGACGGCAGCAGCUGCGGCGGCGGCGGCAGAGGCAGCGACGGCGGCGGAUUCGACCCCAGCCUCUGCGACUUCGGCCUCGCCCUCGCCCGGCAGCCCUGUGCCCGCGGGCAACGUCGAGUCGCGCGAGGAAUCCGACAGCGGCCACGCCACCGAGGCCGAGACGGACGUGGAGAGGUACGAGGACGCGGUCUCGCACAUGCGGUCGCUCUCGCUCGAGCGGCCGGUGCCCUAUGGCAUGCCGACCGCAGCGUUCCGCCUGCCCGCCGAGCUCAAGGAGAGCGGGUGCCAGACCGACGACCUGAUGUGGUCGAGCUUCCAGGACGACAUGGCUCGCACCUCGACGCCCGAUGUGAUCCGGCCGAUGUCGUCGAUGACGACGACGUCCGUCCGCCACGAGAACGCCGUCGGCCAGGGCGGCGUCAUGGUGCUGGGCGGCCACCAGUCGAGCAACCGUCCACGCGACUCGGUCAGCACGUUUGGUGGUCACCGCGACGGCUCGAUGCGCAUCGAGUCGCCCGCGCCGUCGAUGUACACCUCGGCGCGCAAGAGCCUCAACAGCCGGCGCUCGGCGGCGGGCAACAGCCUGCGGAGGGGUCCGCGCCAGUCGUCUGCGGCGUCGUUUGUCUCGGACGUCACGUCGGAGCUCAGCCGGCGCUUCUCGCUUGCGUCGUCGCAGGCGUCCGACGACGCCGGCGACGAGACGUUCAUCGCGCGGCCCGGCGGGCGCACCCGCGGCAUGUCCGAGUUUGGCGGCGGCGAGGGCACCGACCCCAUGGUGAUCCACGCCAUCACCCAGACCAUGAUUGGCGAGUAUAUGCACAAGUACACGCGCAAGUCGAUGGGCCGCGGCGGCCACUCGGACAAGCGCCACCGUCGCUACUUCUGGGUGCACCCGUACACCAAGAUGCUCUACUGGACCAUCAGCGACCCUGGCGGCGCCAAGGUGUCGGAGGGCACCAGCAAGAGCGCCAGCAUCACGGGCGUCCGCGUCGUCGAGGACAGCAACCCGAGCCCGCCGGGCCUGUACCACGAGAGCCUGGUCAUCAUGACGGCGUCGCGCGAGGUCAAGAUCACGGCGCCCAGCCGCGAGCGCCACGAGGCGUGGCUCGGCGCGCUCGACUACCUCGUCAACCGGCCCGCCAUCCACGAUGCCGCCACCGUCGCCACCGAGGUGGGCGCGGGCGCGGUGACCGACGCCGGCGCCGACAUCGAAAACAAUGCCGCCUUCGCCUCCCGCAGCAUGGGUCGCCGAUCGCGCGGCACGGGCUCGCAGCGUCCUUCGCUGCUGACCAACCAGCGGAACUUCCUCUCGCGCAAGUCGAUGGACAACGUCGGCCAUCACCCUGGCGAGGGCCUGCCGAGGCACCGGCAGGGCAGCGUCGGCGCCUCGAGCGUCCUCUACCCGUCGGCGGGCAAGCGGCGCGACCUGGCGGCGCGAGAGUACCUCCAGCAGCAGGAGCGCGAGCGGCAGAUGUCGAUGAGCCCGACGAGCAGCCUGCGACGCGGUGCGACGCGGUCCAUUGUCGGAGGCGGCGCGGGCGGCACGCUGGGCAGCCAGAUUGACCCGGACGAGAGCUACGAUCACCUGUCGGACCUCAACGAGCCGAUCAGCGACCCGCGCCUGCAGACGGCCGAGGAGAUGCUCGAGGAAGACGAGGGCGAAGGCUUCGAGGGGCUCGACAAUGUGCGGGCGUGCUGCGACGGCAAGCACGACGUGGGCUCGCUGGCCUACGACCACUCGCACCACCACGGCCCCAACGGCGGUGGCGGCGGCGGCGGCAGCAGCAGCGGCCGGCGCUCGUCGAAGCGCCACGGGCGGCAGAGCAGCGGCGGGUCGCGCUUCAGCAACGUGCUGCCCCUCAACCUUUUGCCCAAGAUGGGCGUGGCGUCCUCGAUGGGCAUCGCUGCCCCCACGGCCGCCGAGCUCGACGCGGCGUCGGGACCGGGAUCGCAGAACGGGCACGGCGAGAUGCGGUCCGUCAGCCAGCCUGGCCCGUCAUACGGCGAGCGCGUGCACAAGAUCCGACAGGCGAGGCAGAGCGCCUCGACGCUCAAAUGA